CCACCACUGCAUUCGCCGACCGGACUCUCUGAACCAGUUGCUACAUUGCGCCUUACUCGAUCCGCUGCUUGUCCUCCUACACUCUUCGUACAACCUAGACUGUUCCACCAGAGCUCUUGAUCUGCAGUUCCGAGCACUGUCGCGUGUUUUGCCUUCCCGGCUUGCUCACCACACUGCAUUUUACCUGCACAUACCCGUCGAGGAUUUCAUUGUCUCUUAUCAGUCUGGUCUGCUACACUAAAUUUAAGCAUGGCAGCAAUGAACGAGCUGGAGUCGCUUCUGCAAUCCCUCCAGGCCUUGAAGGCACCCGGCGUAACUCCCACCAAGGUCAAGGCCAUUACUGCGAUUUGCGUAGAGAAUAUUCAGGCCGACUCGACCAUAAUCCAAAAGAUCCUUCAGCAGCUGCAAAACAGUCCCGCGACACAUAAGCUCGGUGUAUUAUACGUAGUAGACUCGGUCACUCGCCAAUGGGUGGAGAAGGCUAAGGCCGCCGGGCAAGUAGUGUCCCGCAAUGCUGCUCCUGGCACAUAUGCUGCAGGAGUGCAGAGAAUGACGGAUGUUCUGCCAGCCGUAAUGAACGACCUUGUUCAGCAUGCACCUGACGCCCAAAAGGAGAAGAUCACCAAGCUCUUAGACAUCUGGCAACGUGGCCAGACGUUUCCUCUAGACAUGCUCGUAGCUUUCAAGCAGCAGUUGACCGGCAACCAGCAACAUACCCCAAUGGCGCCGCGAAGUCCGCCAAAGGGUAACAACUCUGCGCCAGCUCCCCAUUCUCAGACUAAUGCGCAGCACACAGCCGUCCCCAUGCCUCCAACCAUGCCGCAAAAUUCGCAAGACCCCGGUGCCUUACUUGCAGCUCUUUCCGGCUUUGUACAGCCCAACGGCCAAACUAACGCAGCGCCCGCUCUUCCCUUUCUCCAGAAUAUGGUGCCACCACCACCUCCACCAGGCUUUGUGCCGCCACCUCCGCCAGCAGCGAGUGUACAGCCUGCGAUGCCCCCGCCUCCCCCGGCUGGAAUGAACGAUCUGGCCAGCCAGAUAUUGCAGGCUAUGAGUGCAGGUUCCAUCGCGCCAGAUCAGGCCAUACAGGUACUAAACGCUUUGGCAGUAGCACAAAAUGGAGGGGUAUCAAUGCCACCAGCACAGCCUACAGCGGUACCCCAGGUGCAUUCACCGGCGCAAGCCGCGACGCACAACGGUAACUCGCAGCCGCGGUUUGAGCAAAACGACACGAAGAUGCGAGACCGUAGUAGAUCACCUGACUAUCAUCAGCGUGUGUCUCCUGGCCGUAGAUCACCUCCAAAUCGCCGAGAGAGCCCUGUGUACGGUUCUUACGAUCCCAACGCAAUUGUUGAUGGUAAUGCGGCAAAUCGCUCGGACCGCAAUGAUCGUGGUCGUGGUCGUGGUAAGGCCCGAGGCGGUCGCAAUGAUCGUAAUGAGUAUCGUCAACGUACACCGCCAGCGGAACGGCGACAGCCAAGUCCACCUCAAAACGUCGUAUAUGGUCAAUCUCGUUACAUUGAGUGGGAUCAAAGCUUGCCACGCGACCACAUCAGGGUAUUGAGUCGCACACUGUUCGUAGGCGGCGCAGGCGGCACAGAAGGUGAGAUCCGGGCCAUCUUCAGCCGGUUCGGUAGGGUUCAAACAUGCAUUGUGAACCAAGAUAAGCGGCACGCAUUUGUCAAGAUGUUGACUCGUCCUGAUGCCGUUGCUGCGAAGGAGGGCAUGGAUAGUUUGCAAGAUCCCGUUGCGCAGUCGAAAGCUCGCCAGACACGUUGGGGAGUUGGCUUCGGUCCUCGAGACUGCAGCGACUACAGCACUGGCAUUAGCGUAAUCCCAAUCUCACGGUUGACUGAUGCCGACCGCAAGUGGGCUUUGACAGCAGAGCAUGGUGGGACAGGCGGUCGGCCGCUCGAAGGCAGCAUGGUGAUCGAAGAACCCGACAUUGAGAUUGGAGCAGGUGUUUCGUCGAAAGCAAUUAGUAGACGUGUUCCGACCGAUGGAGGACGCGCCGGUCGCGGCGGCUUCGGCAACCGUGGCGGUUUUGACAAUGGGCCAAAGGUCCGCAAGCAGGAGCAACGCCCCGCCCACGACCCUCGGCAUGUCUCUCCGCGAGGAGAGCAGGGUGUCGCGGUGCCGCCCGCUGUCCCAGGCUUUGGCUUCCAGCUCCCUGGAUUUCAGGCCCGGUAAUGACAAGCUGAUCGAUGACAGUACCGAGAUAGACCAUUAUGACAUGUAUGGUCAGGUCUACGGCGGAUCUAUCUUCACUUUC